GAAGAGCCGGUGGAGAGCCCGGCGAGGCGGAGAUGGGGUUCCCAGCCGGGGCAGGGAAGCGGUGCCCUGGCAGCAGAGGGAGGGCAGGAAAGCCGGGUGCUUGCUCCCUGCGUGAAAACAGUAGCUGAUUUUUUUUCUUCUUCUUUUUUUUUUUUUUUUUUGUCCCUUUUCCUCCCUUCUUCCCGGGGCUGUAAUCCGACUGCUCUCUUUGGCUCGGCUCCAGAGGCAAGUCCGAGUGGUUAAUCUCUCUUCCCCCCUUUCCCAGCCUGCGGGGGAGGAGGAGGAGGAGAAGGGGAGCGGAGCGGAGUCAGCUGCAGCCCGGGGCCGGGCCGGGCCUCCCUGGGGAGGGGCUGAGGCAGCGGCUCGGCUGCGGGAGCUGCAUGGAGGAGGGGAGUUUCACAGACUCCCCUGCCCGGACGGGAGGAGGAGGAGGAAGUUUGGAGAUUAAGCCGUAGCCCGAGCGCACGGAGGGAGCCGGGGCGCGGCCACGGGCGCUGCGAAGGGGGACACCCGGCGCCGCCGCUGAAUGAGUUACGGGGGCGGCGCGGGGAGGGGAAUUACCUCCCGGCCCGCAGCCCUGCGCCUGGAUUUUAACCGGCGUGCGGGGGCGGAGGACGGCGAGAGGCUGCUGAAGGCCAGAGAUUCAACAGAGGAGAGAAAAAGCGACUCCACUUUGUCUUAUCUUAACAGUGAUUCAUUUGACGAGUCCUCUACCAGGUUUUACUAAGCCUGUGUCUGCAGAGAUGCCAGAUAAAACACCAGGUGGUACAGAACCUGUCCCCAGGAGUGAAGAUGACUUCCACUUACCUCUUGAUGUUCUACCAGCUGUGACAGAGGCCCUUGACUCCAAGACCAAAGGGGAAGAUUUGCACGAGGAGAGCAGACCCUUCCGCUACUGUGAGAAAAAAACCAUGGACCUGUCGGACAGUGACCGUCCCGUCAGCUUUAGCUCCACUUCCUCCUCUGCUUCCUCCAGGGACAGCCACUGCUCCUUUGGAAGCAGAAUGACCUUGGUUUCAAACAGCCACUUGGGCUUGUUCAAUCAGGAUAAAGAAACGGGUGCCAUCAAGCUAGAGCUGGUCCCAGCCAGGCGAUUUUCCAGCAACAAGCCACGCAAAAACUCCCCUGCAGAGCAAGAGGAUCCUGAGGAAAGCCUUGAAAAAAGGCUAAGCACGCCAAGGAAAGCAGAACCAAAAGGAGCGAGCAAAAACUGUGCAAUGUCCCUGGUCACAGAGCCCACCAGUCCCAAGCUCCUCUACGUAGAUAGAGUUGUCCAAGAGAUUCUGGAGACAGAAAGGAUGUAUGUGCAGGAUCUAAAAAGCAUUGUGAAGGAUUACCUUGACUGUAUCACUGACCAGACUAAGCUCUCCCUGGGGACAGAAGAGCGAUCAGCCCUGUUUGGAAACAUACGGGAUAUCUACCGUUUCAACAGUGAACUUUUGCAAGAUUUGGAAAACUGUGAAAAUGAUCCUGUGGCUAUAGCAGACUGUUUUGUUUCCAAGAGUGAAGAUUUCCACAUAUAUACACAGUACUGCACCAACUACCCAAGGUCGGUGGCUGUGUUGACAGAGUGCAUGAGGAACAAGGCACUGGCCAAGUUCUUCAGAGAGCGGCAAGAAGCACUGCAGCAUUCUCUGCCUCUGGGCUCCUAUCUCUUGAAACCUGUCCAGCGCAUCCUCAAGUACCACCUGCUUUUGCAUGAAAUAGAAAACCACCUUGACAAGGACACCGAGGGCUAUGAUGUGGUGCUGGAUGCCAUAGAUACAAUGCAGAGAGUGGCAUGGCAUAUAAAUGACAUGAAGAGGAAACAUGAACAUGCCAUCAGGCUCCAAGAAAUACAGAGUUUGCUCACUAACUGGAAAGGGCCAGACCUCACAAGUUACGGGGAGCUGGUGUUAGAAGGAACAUUUCGCAUUCAGCGAGCCAAAAAUGAACGCACAUUGUUCCUCUUUGACAAGCUGCUGCUAAUUACAAAAAAGAGAGAUGAAACAUUUGUGUACAAAGCUCACAUACUGUGUGGGAACUUGAUGCUUGUUGAAGUAAUACCAAAGGAACCCCUUAGCUUUAGCGUCUUCCACUACAAAAAUCCCAAGAUGCAACAUACUGUCCAGGCAAAGUCGCAGCAAGACAAGCGCCUUUGGAUUCUUCACUUGAAGAGGUUAAUUCUAGAAAAUCAUCCUGCUAAAAUUCCUGCCAAGGCCAAGCAGGCAAUUCUAGAAAUGGAUGCCAUACAUCACCCAGGCUUCCACUAUAGCCCCGAGGGAGAAAUGAAAUCAUCGUACCAGCCUAAAGAAGGCACUGCUCCUCACAGAGUGAGAAGGAAAUCAGAACCCUCAUCUAGAGUUCAUAAAGUUUUGAAGUCAAACGAUAUAAGUCCAGAUAUGCAGAAGCGGGUCAGUAUUGAAGGAGCCCUAUUAUCUCAAGCCACCAAACUAGGAUCAAAUGAAGCCCUGCUGAGUUCUAGGAAAAAGGUUCCAUUGGAACCUAGUGGGCUGGAGAGCCAAUUUCAAGAGUCCGUCGAGCCAGCCUACAGCAGUGAUCAAGAUGAAAAUCUUCAGACUUCUGCUACUGAACAGAUUGAUGCUGAUGAUGAAGAAGAGUCUGAACAGGGAGUGCAGCAAAACUCACUGCAGAAAUCAAAAGGGGGAAGAAAAAGACUUAAUAGUCAAGCUGCUGAAAACGUUGAAAAACGGAGAAGUGUUAAUCUCAACAAGUGUGAAAUGCAGAGCUCCAAGGACCCUUCAGAUGAAGAGUCAACCCAGUUGAAUACCGAUCUUCCAUUUUCCUGCGCAGCUAGACAGCCACAGUCACCUAGACAAUUCAGCACACCCCAGAGCGACUCGCUAAUCAUGAAUAUCCUGGGGGGAAGUACCUCUGUCAGAAACAUCUGGACUGACCAUCAGAUCAGGCAGGCAUUGUUUCCCAGCCGGCGCCCACCUUAUGAGAAUGAAGACGACGAAGAUGAUUAUCAGAUGUUUGUACCAUCAGUGUCUACAUCCAAUGCUAGUUCAGCUGUGGGUGGAGAAAGGAGGGGUUCUUCUGGGCGUCCAUGUAGCUGGCACUUGGGGGUAGUGCAUCAAAACGAGACUUCCAGCCCCACUCGUCACAAAAUUGUUAGGCGGGCCAGUAGUGCUGGUGAAAGUAACACGUCUCCAGCCAGCAUAAGGUAUAAAAUAGGGGAGCGGGGUUCUCGAAGGGAAGUGAAGAGAGCAGAAGUAAGUGGUAUGAAUGCAUAUCCCGAAUCUUCAGAGGAGCUAACUAUUGAUGAUAUCGAACAUGUUUAUGAUAAUAUAAGCUAUGAAGACUUAAAGCUGAUGGGUCUGACAAGAAGGGAGGAGACAGACCGUGGUCCUCAGAGAUCUGCUAGAGACUCUCUCUAUGAGGCUGAAAACAAAAGCAGCUUAGAUUCACCCUCCAAAAAGAGGACAGCAAAUCAAAACAGGGCAUCCAUUUGUGCUAGUAGGGAUGAGAUACUACUCAGUAGAGAAGCACCUACUUCAAGUUUGGAUGAGCUCAGGAUCGUUGAAGACAACAUCUAUGACACCAUAGUGCUUCCAGAAACACCACUGUUGGAUUUUAAAUGUGACCCCUUAAAAUGCUCUAAAAGGAGGAGUUUUCUGGGCCUGGAAAAGGACUUUGCAUAUUGCAAUAAUCUACGGCAGUUUGUUUCUGAAGAGAGUCUCCAGUUCAGUGAAGAUGAAAGUCCUUACCAUCGUGUUCCCGUUGACAAUGACUAUUUGAGCUUAGUAGAUAGCUCUUCCAACUCAGAUUCACUGUCCCAUAAGUCUGCAGCAGAUAAACUCUCGGAGGAAGUAGACGAGAUUUGGAAUGACCUGGAGAAUUACAUCAAGAAGAAUGAGGAAAAGACAAGAGACCGUCUCCUUGCAGCCUUUCCUGUUUGUAAAGAUGAUAUGCAGGAAAGGCUGCAUGCUGGUAGUACACCCGAACUGAGUAAAGAUGUAGAGUACUCUCUGUCUACUCUCUCUCUACCAGAAACUCCUAUUUUCCCUAAAACUGUGAAGCCCAGGGCUGCCACUGUAAGUGAGGCUAAUCUCAGGCUUGAAGACACUACACCGUGCAAGGAGAACUCUUUUAUGAGUCUGAACAGAUCUUCCUUCUCCAGUGAGAUGCCUUUUGUAGAUAGCCCGUAUGAAUCUGCCAAUAGUGUUCUGUCCCAUGCGCAUGCAGAGGGCAUGGAAAAUGACUUGGCUGUUGUGGAUAAAACAAAGAAUAGGGUUUUUAUGAUGGCAAGGCAGUACAGUCAAAAAAUUAAGAAGGCUAACCAGCUUUUGAAAGUUAAAAGUCCAGAGCAGGAACAGCCAGCUGGCAGACAACAAAAAAUGAAACACAAAGAUCUUGCAGCUAUUCUGGAGGAGAAGAAACAAGGGGGUCCUGCAAUUGGUGCCAGAAUAGCUGAAUAUUCCCAGCUUUAUGACCAAAUCGUCUUUAGAGAAAGUUCACCUAAGGUCCAAAAGGAAGCCUGGGCCACUCCUCAGGAGCCAUCAGCCGGGAGGUUUUCCACACCCGUGGCUGCAUCUCCUCCUCGUUCCCAGGCUGCCAGUGAAUGCUCAAGAGCAGAAGAUUGGCUUUUGCAUUCUACGUACAGUAACGGCGAGCUGGCCGACUUCUCUCCAUGGCCUGAAUCCCAAGACCCGAAGUCCAAGAGCUCAUAUACAGAAGCUGGUACAAAAAGCAAUUCAAGGCAGUUGCCAUCAGCUGGCUCAGUGCCUUCCCUUCAGAUUUCUAACCGUUUGCAUGUUCCAGCGCAGAGGUGGAGCGCCAUUAUCAGCCAACCGAACAAAGAAAAUUUACAUCAAGAUCACGUCUAUAACUCUCUUGGGAGAAGAGUAGGCAAUGUAAAACCACAGGCAUACAGCAGGUCGCAGUCGUCUUCCUCAAUUGUGGUCAACAGGUCUGGAGAAUCAAUCGUAUAUCCUAAUGAAAUGGACAAGAAAAAGCUCCAUUCGAAUAGGAACUUCCGAGUCAACAGCCAUCAAACACCGGGUAUUGCUUCAGGAUGUACAGGGCCUGAUAUGAGACAGCAGAUCCCUGAAAACUGUUCAGAUAUGAUUCUGCAGGAUUCUCAAAAGGUCCUGAGAGUGAACAGGGCCUCCCCUCUGACGGCACAGAUGGCCACUCAGAACUAUUUUUCAAACUUCAAAGAUACUGAAGAAGGAGAAGGGGAUGACGAUGACUAUGUUGAAAUAAAGUCUGAAGAUGAGGGAUCUGACCUGGAGACUUCUCAGAACCAAACAAGGAAAUUGGAUCCUAAACUGCGUAACGAGGACGCUGCUCCUCCUGAAACGCUCUGCGGCAAAACUGUCUCUUGUACUCCUGCAAAGUCCGCCAGCAGCAAACACGCGCUUACCCCGUAUCUGACUGCAUAUAGUGAUUCGGAUAAACUGAACGACUACCUGUGGAGAGUACCAUCUCCUAAUCAGCAGAAUAUUGUCCAGUCCUUAAGGGAAAAGUUUCAGUGUCUCAGUUCAAGUAGCUUUGCUUGAUGCUUUCAGUAAUUUCUAGCUGCACUGCCUUAUCAUGACAGAGUAUAUACUAGGACAAUCAGUACUGGCAUCAUGUAUUUCCAUAAUAUUACACAAUCAGGCAUUGUAUCACAGUAAUAUUAUAAAUAGAUGUGAAAUGUAUCUUUUUAAAAAUGGUUUAGAAUCCUGGAAGUAAAAAGGCCACGUGCACGCUGUCUGGUGUCUCGCUCCAUAGUGCAGGUGGACUUCUCUCCUAUUUAACUGUUGCAUCUCUUCCCUUGUUAGGUGUGAUACCCUUUGAUUCUUCCCAGCGAACCAGGUGUGAUGCCAUUUGAUUCUUAAACCAUUUUAUCAUGUGGAAACCUUAGUAUUUGGACUUUUGAGUUGGUGACCAGUGUUCUGCAUCCAAAAUACCCAUAUGAUUACUCUGGUUACAUACGGGAGCAUUUAGCUGAGCAGCUACUCCUGUGACUGCAGAUUUCUGAGCAGGGUUCUGGUAAUUACACCAACAUGCUACAUGUGCAAUUGCACAUACUUUUUGCACAUUAGUUUUUGUCAGACAGAUUCCAAGUGUGUGGGACCAAUGCAUACGCUACAUUACUUUAGAACAGGCUUCUUAUGUUUUAAACAAAAUCAAGUUCUAGUGCUUGUGAGGGAUGCCAGACUGAUAGCUCUGUGUCUGAAGCCUCUCCUACUUUCCAUAACUGCACAGUAGGCAGAGAACGGGCAGUGGCGGUUUUUUGUGUGAACCUGUGGAUGUGACGCAGUCCUUGCCUGGAGGAUGUUUUGGGCAGGAGAAGGGGAGCUCCGCUGCUUAUGAAGAUGGCUAGACCGGGUUUGGUACCUCCAGUGAUGGUGGUGGUGGCAGUUGUGACAGCAAAAUCCGAGUAUAUUGUAGCUCAGAGCCCAGCAGUUGAAAGUCACUGUGUGUGAGUUUGCCAGGUAGCUGUAUUUUAUACACAGUGGCCUGCAGGGCAUUUUCUCGAGUCCCAAAGUCAGUGACCCCAAGAGGGACUGAGGCUUGGCCAGGUGCUUGGGUGAAAUAUUAAUCAUGGGGCAUGUUUGGCCCAUAGGGUGGUUCAGCAAUACUGCAGGUUGAGUGACAAGCUGCCCUCCCCAGGGAAUGUAUCUACGGUAGUAGGAAAUGGCCCUUCCUGGCAGAGAAAGGUAAAAUAUGUAUUUUCUAAACCAGGCAGGGCUGACUCUAAUCCAAUUUAUCUACAAUAGAAGUAGCUUAAGAGAUGAGAAUACAUUCCAUUCUUUUGCAAAUAAUGUAUAGGCUAAGUGCUGCCAUUUAGAACAAGAACAGGCUUUCCAAUAUGAUGCACAUUUGCUCCCCUUCGUCAUCUUUGUUGCACAGCUUUGGAUUCCGUUACUUGAAAACAUUGUACCUAAAGGAAAGCCUAAAUACGUCUACACUGAUCAUCUUGUGUGAGUGGUGUUCUUAUUUGGUGCUUAAAUUCUUCAGAUUACGUGCAUAAAGCCAGUACUGAGUUAAACAUAUCAAUAAAUAAACGAGUUUCAUUGAAAUACUGUUUUUACUAACCACCUAUCACUCCUCUCAGCUACAGAGCACUGUACUUCCAGAAUGGCCGACUAUUUACUACACUGGUUACCCUGAGGAAAACCCGAAGUUAUCAGUGUACAGCUAAUUAUUUGUAGACUAAGAUUUAAGGAUUUGAAUUUGUUAGAAUGGAUUAAAUUAUUUACCGCACGUAUCUUGCAUUGGCUAGGGAUUGUUAUUUUGAGGGCUGGUUGGUCAUGGGACUUACUAGCUCGUACCACUGGGAUACUUGUUACCGUCAGCGCAUCCACUGUGAUAGGACCCGCAUCUAUCUAGUAAAAUCCGACUGCGAAAUAAUGUUGUACAUAUUUAAGACGCCGAGGUGUAGCAGAGCCCGUAUUUAUUUAAUAUAGCUUGUAAAGUAUUGUAAAUAUGAAUAGAAGUUAAAUCUGUGCUUUACCCGCGCACGUCUAGAUUUGUUUAAACGGCUAGGGGUUUAACUCGCAUCUCAUGCAAUCAGUGGAGUUGGGGGGGGGG